AAUAAAGACCGUUUUCAUUUUUUUUUUUUUCCUCCGGUUGAUACGUCUCGUCUUUUUUCUUUCUUAGCAUCUUUUUUAUUACCUGCCCAGUUUUUAAUAUGCCUGUUAAAAAACUUGUUCUUUCCCCAGAAGCCGGUAUUGAGCAAUACACUCUCAUCAACGACAACAAAACGCUGUGCGUCAUCCUUCUUAACUAUGGUGGUAUCAUAUCGCAUAUUCUGACGCCAGACGCGGAUGGUCAGAUUCGCGACGUGGUGCUUGGUUACGACAAUUAUGAAAACUACAAAGAUCCACAAAACCCGUAUUUUGGCGCGCUCAUCGGUCGCUACGCUAAUCGCAUCGGCGGGGCUCAAUUUACAGUGGAUGGACAGGAGUAUCAUCUGGAGGCCAAUAAUGGACCGAACGCGUUGCAUGGUGGUAAAGAAGGAUUUGAUAAAAAGAUAUGGGAUGUGGAAGUGUUAUCGGAAUCGCCUGCAUCGGUCCAACUGACCCUCGUUUCACCUGACGGAGAUCAAAAUUAUCCUGGCACAUUACGCACCCAAGUGACUUACACCGUUACGAACGAGCAACACCUGGAAAUCGAGUAUCAGUGCACCACCGACCACGAUACGGUAGUGAACUUGACCAACCAUUCUUACUUUAAUUUGGCUGGCGUUGAACUGAAUCCAAAUAUCCUUGAUACGCAUGUCACCAUGACCGAGGCAGUUCAGGGCGUCCUAGAAGUCGACUCCACUAGCAUUCCCACGGGUCGCAAACUCUCCUGGGCAGACGCACCCUAUAUGGAUUUCACGGGUUCAAACGCAGACACUGUUAUCGGGGCCAGGAUCGAUCAAUUACCGGAUACAAAGGGAUAUGACCACCCGUAUGUCAUUCAUGAAGACUAUCAGAUCGAUACAUCCAAGAUGCCGCUUCGCAAAGCGGUGACAGCCUACGCACCGGAAACAGGGAUUAUGCUCGAGUUCUUUACAACCGAACCGACGUUCCAGUUCUACACAGGCAACUUUAUUCCUGAUGGGUUCGAAGGCAAGAAAUCUCAAGGGGGAGCAAAAUAUGGUCAAUACGGUGGCUUCUGUUUGGAAAGUGGCCGCAAUCCUGAUGCCCCUAAUAAGCCCGACUGGAGAAGUUCCGUGCUGUUACAAAAGGGCGACAUUUAUGCCGGAAAAACCGUGUUCACAUUCAAAGUCCAUGGCUCUCAAAAUUUGUAGGCAGCCUAUUUCAAUAAAUAUUUCAAAUCAUCACAGUGAAUGGUCAUGCGAAAGGGUUCUGGUCUUUUUUUUUCAGCUAUCAAUCUGUAGCUAAUACACUC